CCCAGAACUCCAGUGUGUUUCAUAAUGGCGCUGCUGAGACGCCACAGCGGGACAUGGGACGAGUGCGGUGUACUUCCAAAACUGUCGCUGAAAGGACGAUAGGCGUGGAGAGAAGAAGACUGUCUUACAGGACAAAACGUAUUUAACUCAUCAGAUGCCAGUCACAGCAGUGUUAGGGAAACUCAGGGAUCAUGUCAUCCACUAAGACUGCACGGCGGCAGAGCCAGAAGAAUACCCGGAACAAAAUCUCCGCAGCAAUGUCUGCAGACUUGUCACCGGACUCCAAGUGUCCCAUCUGUUUGGACACAUUCAGCAACAUCUCUUACUUGGAUCUCUGCUUGCAUAAGUUUUGUUUCCGCUGCAUCCAUGAGUGGUCCAAGAACAAAGCAGAGUGCCCACUGUGCAAACAGCCAUUUAACUCAAUCUAUCACAGUAUAAAAUCUGAACAAGAAUUUAAGAAGUAUGACUUGCAGCCAUUAGAGAAUGGCUCCUUUGGGACUUUUGGGGGAGCUCGGUUCCGGUACCGCACCACUCUCACAGGGGUGCAAAGGCAGACUCAGAGAAGGACAUCCACACCCCCAGACAGUGGAGUAAUGUUUGAGGGCUCAGCAAACCCUCCUCAACAGCGACGGGACCGUAGCCUCAGGCACAUGAUGAUGACGUUAGCAGCCAGGAGGAGAGCUGCUAGUGAAGGCAGGGUAGUGCGUCGUGUCACAGAGACAGAAAUGAUCAAUUUCAGGAGGGAGCUAUACCGGCAAGGUGUGAGGGUUCGAAGCGUGCGGGACGGGGGCCGCUCCCGAGACACCACAGCUGAGUUUUACAGACGGAAUCCUGCCUGUCUACAUAGACUCGUGCCCUGGCUAAAACGAGAGCUCAUGGUGCUGUAUGGGGCCCAUGGUUCUUUAGUCAAUAUAGUACAACACAUCAUCAUGUCACGCAUUACCCGCUAUGACAUGGAGGAUGGAGCUAUGGAGGAAGAGCUCAGGCCUUUCCUCCAGGGGCGUGCAGAGCACUUUUUACAUGAGUUUAUCAGCUUCGCAAAGUCUCCAUUCAAUAUGGAGGCAUAUGACCAGCAUGCUGUCUACGACUGCCCUGCUCCUUCCUCUAAUGAGGACAGCAGCUCCAACUCAUCAGUUAUAGCAAUCUCAGAGGAUGAGCAAAACUCUGUGGAGUUGGACCCCCCAGGAAACUCUAUGUCCGCUCUGAGCCACUCUGCAUGGGAUGAUGAGACGCCUGGGCCAUCAUAUUCUACAACAGAGGAGAGCAGAGUUCAGCGGCUAUCAGUUCCAGACUCAGACUCGGACAGCAGCGUAGAGGAGGAGCCACAUGAGUGCCAGGCUUCUCCACAGCACAGGAGUCCUUACAACCAAACAGACUCAUUUCAAGUUAAAAACGACGAGUGCUUGUCAUCUGACAAUGAUGACUGUGUCAUUGUAGGCUUUGUAAAGCCAACAGCAGAGAGGACUCCAGAGCUGGUUCAGCUCUCUUCUGACUCUGAGAAUUCUGACCACGAGGAGACUUUAGAAGUGCCUCAACUUCCCCAACACAUUCGCUUUACCAGUCUCAGUCCUCCAACUUCACCUAGCAGGGCUCCAAGUGGUGCUGGACGGUCAGAGAGCAGAGAAGGGGAGUGUCAUCACUCAGGUUCAAAAGAAAGAUACAGUCCGUCAACGUUAAGACACAAGCCAUCUAGUAAGUCAGACAGAAGAACCAGAGACUGCCAUGAAAGGGAUAGUAGAAGAUACCAUAGUGGCGAUAGAUCGAAGAAGAGACAUGGGUCAAGGAACAGAGACAGAAAGAGGAGAAGGUCAAGAAGUCAAGAGUGCAGUAGGAGUCCAGUGACUCUCUCCAGAAGUAGGAGACGUUCUCGUUCCCGUAGCAGAGACCGAUCCUACUCAAGAUGGGACAGCGACGAUAAAAGGAGGGACUAUGGUUUCAGCCGUAAUUCACAGUUAUACAGCUAUCACCUCCAGUCGUAUAACUGUCACGGCCAAGAGAGAGAUGACAGUAGGGCGCAUUACACAGAGAAGCGGUCCUACUAUUUCAGUUGUCACAAGAACUCAGAUCGGCGCUCUUAUUCUCGUUCCAGGAGCCGCAGUGGAGAAUGUCACAGAAAGAGCAGGAGGCAUUCCCGAUCAAGGACUGACUCCAGCAGUUGCUCACCUUCAACAAGAAGGAGGUCUCACCAUGACAAACCUGCUGGGAAGAGAAAAUACAAAACAAGGCACUUGGAAGAAACUGCCAAUAGCUCACCUUACAAAUCAUACCCAGGACCAGAUUCCUCCACGUCAUUAACAAAAGAACACAAAAAGAGCAAAGAGAAACAUCAUAAAAAGUCAAAGGAGAAGUCAAGGAGGAGGAGCAGAAGCCUCAGUGUGGAGAUCGUCUAUGAGGAUAGCUCGUCUAAACACAGCAAGCGACACCAUAAGAAAAAGAAGAAACACAAGAAGAAAAGCAAGAGACAUAAGAGUAAAGAGCGCACAGGGAGGCAGUCGCCUACUGUCAUUACCAUCGAUAGUGACGGGGAUUAUUUUGUUGAUGACAGCAUCACCCAGGCCAGCAGCGCUAACAAGGACAAUUCAAUUAACAAUACUGCAGAUAACCUUGCAGACUCCACCCAUCUGGACUCUGUGGUACAAGCGGGGAACCAGAUUUCCACUGCAGUUGCUGGUAAAGAUGUGUCAGAGAUGGACUUGGUCCCAGAUGACCACCAUGGUCUUCUCUCUUGACUCUUUACUUUUAUGUCAAAUGGUGCUGUUUUGCUAGUUAAGUGCCACUCUUCUAAACAAUACAAAACGGAAUAAUAUUGGAAGUUGUCUCUGGAAGUCUCUUUUUUUUUUUUUUUUAAGUAUCAACAGUAAUUCUGGAGAAAAUACUUUUAUUUUAUUUUUGUGUUGCUCUCUCAGGGAUGACAUUGAAUACAAUGAUUUUUGCUACUGUAUGUCCACUGUAUUCAUGAGACCAAACAUCAGUAACUAAUUUAUAUCAGCUGAUGGUGUGAAAUUACAAAGAAACCCUUUUUGAAAAUAAUGCGUAUUUAACUAAUAAAUUCUUAACAACA